AUGCUCGAAAGUAGACAGCAUUUAACGUUCUUAAACUUGAUUUAUUUUGUCGUCGUUCUGGAUACAUUCAGUCACAUGUGCAUGUACUGCGCUGUUGGAGAAAUAUUGACAACUCAGUGUGACAGAAUCCAUUAUGCUAUAUAUUUCAAUGAAUGGUAUACUUUGAAUGCAAGAAAUACUCGGGACUUAGUUCUUUUAAUGUUAAGAACCAGUAAACCUCUUUACCUAAACUUUGGUAAACUAUUUCCUUUAACGAUGGGUACAUUUUGCAGUCUGUUAAAAACGUCAGCCGGUUACAUAUCUGUAUUACUUACAACAAGGAGUCAAUCAAAGUUUUAA